AUGUCGUCACCGAGCGCUGGUAAACGCCGUAUGGACACAGAUGUCAUCAAACUCAUCGAGAGCAAGCAUGAAGUAACAAUCCUCGGUGGUCUCAACGAGUUCUGCGUGAAAUUCUUUGGACCACCUGGAACUCCGUACGAGGGUGGCGUGUGGCGCGUUCGAGUCCACUUGCCCGAUCAUUACCCGUUCAAGUCGCCGUCCAUCGGCUUCAUGAAUAAGGUGUAUCAUCCGAACAUUGACGAGGUAUCCGGUACUGUCUGCUUGGACGUUAUUAACCAAGCCUGGACGGCGCUGUAUGAUCUGUCAAACAUUUUCGAGUCAUUCUUACCGCAGCUUCUGACUUACCCGAACCCUAUCGAUCCACUGAACGGUGACGCCGCUGCCAUGUACCUGCACAAGCCGGAGGAGUACAAGAAAAAGGUUUCAGAUUACGUGCGAAGAUUCGCCACUGAAGAGGCGCUCCUCGAGAAGGACGCGAUCACAGGCAUGGGCGGAGCCCCGGCCUCAUCGGGUAAACAAAACGGAGUGCACGCCAGCGAUACGGAGAGCUCUAUGAGCGAUUUCAGCGAUGAUGCCGCCCAUGACAUGGAAUUAUAA